UUGUUUUUCCAUCAACAAGAAUUUUUCUUGAAGAAAUAUCAUUUGGAUUGAAUUAUUGAAUGAUUUUAUUUAAUAUAAGCCGAAAUUCUUUAAAUUUUUUUCUCCUGUAAAUCAUCAUUUCAUCCAAUUAUCACCAUCCACUUGGAAUUUUAAUUCAAACACAGUUCAUUAAUCCAAUCUCAACUCAAAAUAAAAAACGUUUGCUUGUUUUUGUGUGUGUUCAUCAUUUUACAUUUCAAAAAAUCAUCUUCUUUCAAUCAAAUCAAAUCAAUAAUCAUCAUAAUUAACAAAAUAUGGCCUCAUCAAAGCUCAAAACAUUUUCAUUUAUUCUAUAUGGUGUUGUUACUUUUUUAUUAUUGUGUGCAGUUCUUGUACUAAUAUUUAAAGAUGAUAAAUCAAAUUGUCCAAAACCAAAAUUAUCAAGUGCCGAAUUAUCAAAUUUAUUGGAAGAAAAUGUUAUUAAUGAUACAUUAACAGUAUCAUCAAGUGAACCAAUUGGUAAUAAUAAAAAUCCAUCCGAACCGGUAAAAGAUUAUAAUUUUGUUGGAGAAUAUGAAUUAGUUAGUAGCGAUAAUUUUGAUGAAUUUUUAACCGAAUUGGGUAUUGGUUAUUUUACACGUUUAGCUGCAACAGCAGCAUCAUCACGUUAUUAUAUAACAAAAGAUGGUGAUUCAUAUACAUUAAAAACUGUAUCAACAUUCGGUAAUUCAGCUAUAACAUUUAAAGAUUCUGUACCGUUUGAUGAAGAUCGUUUGGAUGGUCAAACAGUUAAAUCAACCAUACAGAUUAAAGGUAAUAAAUGGAUACAGAAACAAGAAGGUGAUGGUCCUGAUGUUCAUAUUAUACGUGAAUUUUCACCCGAACAAAUUAAAGUUACAUCGAUUGUUAAUGAUGUUGCAUCCAUAAGAAUUUAUAAAAAAGUUGCCUAAAUUAUUAUGAUGAUGAUCAACAUUGAUAUAUUUAUCAUCAUCAUUUUAACACUCCACUCUCCAUUUAUAUAUUAUUUAUUUGUUUAAUCAAAACAAAAUAUAUUUUGUCAAACAUCCAAAUGAAUGAAUGAAUGAAAAAAAAAGACAAAAUGAUCAAGUUUUUUUUUAAAUCCAAAUUCUUUCUCUCAGUGCCAUUGAUUGGCACCUUAUUUACACAAACAAACACCACACGUUUACACAACAAGCAUUUACAUGAUUUUUAUUUUUCACAA